CUGGUCGGGCCGCCAUAUGAUGCGGAAGGCGGCGACGAGCUGGUCUUCCUCGACAUCACUGCCAGCAGCGACUCCCGGGACACCAUGGUCAACGUGGUGCAACGAGUUUCUGAGCAGGUGUUCAUCCCACUGACCGUCGGCGGGGGUAUCCGCUCCAUCGAAGACGUGCGGCGGAUGCUGAACGCCGGAGCCGACAAGGUGUCCAUCAACACGGCGGCCAUCAACACCCCGGAGCUGGCUAACUCGGGGCGCGGCCCAGUUUGGCAGCCAGUUUUCACUCACGGCGGGCGCAAUCCGACCGGUCUGGAUGCGGUCAAGUGGGCGCGCCGCGCCGUUGAUCUGGGCUCCGGUGAGAUUCUGCUCACCAGCAUGGACGAAGAUGGGCAGCAGAACGGGUAUGAUCUCGGAUUGACUCGCGCCAUCUCGCAGUCCGUGUCGGUGCCGGUAAUCGCCAGCGGCGGGGCUGGCACCUUGGAACAUCUUUACGAUGCUUUUGCCGGGGGAGAGGCCGACGCGGUGCUGGCCGCCAGCAUAUUCCAUUUCGGUACUUACACCAUUGCGGAAGCCAAAAACUACCUGGCCGGCCGCAGCAUACCCAUGCGAAUCUGA